AUGCAUGGAGAACUACCUACAUUGAUGACUUCCAUUGUUAGAGCAUUUGUCGUAUCUGGAUAUUGUUGCAUGACCAUGCGAUUGGCCCUAAAAAGAGUUACCGAUGUAACAACAGAUGAUUGUCAUGUUUGGAUUGCUGUGAGAGGGAAAGAGAAGUUGGAGAAAUUGUGUCGCGAUCCACAAAUGGACCGCGACAUGAAGAAAUUGAGACACGUGUUGAAGAAAUUUCCUUUAACAUUGAAAGAAAUGAGUUUUCUAAUGCUUAACAAUAUAUUUUGUUUUGCAAAGUUAUUGAUCAUUAAAUCUCUACCUCAUACUGUCCGAUUAUAA